UUAGUUGAAGUCCCUCGAAAUUUUCGACUUCUCGAAGAACUCGAAGAAGGCCAGAAAGGGAAAGGAGAUGGGACCAUUUCAUGGGGAUUAGAAGAUGACGAAGACAUGACGUUGUCACGUUGGACAUGUAUGAUCAUCGGUCCUGCACGAACGCCCUACGAAGGCAGAAUGUACAGCUUGAAAGUGGACUGUGGUCCCAGGUACCCUGCGGAACCUCCGGCGGUGCGUUUCAUUUCGAAGAUCAAUAUGUGUGGGGUUAAUGUAGCGAACGGCGUUAUCGAUCGACAUCGCAUAUCUGUGUUAGCCCGGUGGUCGAAAUGCUACACCAUUCGUCACAUCUUAGAAGAUAUUCGUCGAACAAUGACUACCAAAGAAAACCAACGGUUGAUUCAACCUCCGGAAGGUUCCUCGUACACCUGA